AUGAGCGCGGUGCUCCGGUGCCGUCCGGAUGGCCCCGCGCUGAAGAGGAUCGGACUGCUCUCGAAUCGAUCUCUUACCUCGAGGACUCCUGUGUCUGCUGGAAUCGCUGCCCGCCGAGCACUACAUAGUUCUCGUCGGAGACCGGAGCUGUCUCGAUGCUUGGCGCGAUGUCAAUCUCCAAAUACUGCGUCAUUAGUGCGGUUCAAAUCAGAGGUCGCCCAACCACCCCAAGCAGUGCGCCGGUCUUCCGCCCUGAGCUUCCUUUAUAAGGGAUUCGCAUACUGUGGAUUCUUCAUAUUUUCGAGCGGCGUGGCAGUACUGGCGUUCUUCGUCUAUGAUGCAACUACAUACCGCGAGGAGCCUAGCGCGGAGGACAUCCCGGUAUCGGAAUUGGCGCUGAACCCACCGCGUGGAGGACCGAAGAACUUGCCUAUCGCGGAGGUGCUUAUCGGCGAGCAUGAUUCGGAGGGCAUGAUUGAAGCGCGGGAUAAGCCUAGGCUGGUGAUUUUGGGAACGGGUUGGGGGAGUGUUGCUCUCCUCAAGCACCUCACACCAGGUGACUACCAUGUCACGGUGGUGUCGCCUACCAACUAUUUCCUCUUUACUCCUAUGCUGCCGUCUGCGACUGUGGGAACGCUUGGGCUGAGGUCACUGGUCGAGCCUGUGCGGCGGAUCAUUCAGCGGGUUCAUGGGCACUUCAUCAAGGCUGAGGCAGUGGAUGUAGAGUUCUCGGAGAAGCUGGUUGAGGUGUCUCAGGUAGAUGCCAAUGGCAACAAGCAGAACUUUUAUCUCCCGUACGACAAGCUUGUGGUUGGUGUUGGCUGCAAAACAAACCCGCAUGGUGUCAAGGGACUCGAGCACUGCAACUUCUUGAAGACGAUUGAUGAUGCGCGGCAAAUUAAGAACCAAGUGUUGGAGAACAUGGAAUUGGCAUGUUUACCCACCACCAGUGACGAGGAGCGUAAACGACUACUCUCCUUUGUCAUCUGCGGUGGAGGACCGACUGGUGUCGAGUUUGCCGCUGAGCUUUUUGAUUUGCUUAAUGAGGACCUGCUUUACUCUUUUCCCAGGAUUCUGAGGAACGAAAUCUCAGUUCACCUCGUUCAAAGCCGGAGUCAUAUCCUAAACACAUACGAUGAAGCCCUCUCCAAGUUUGCGGAAGCUCGUUUCGACCGUGAUGGUGUUGAUGUCUUGACCAAUGCUCGGGUCAAGGAAAUCCAGGAAGACAAGGUUCUCUUCACGCAAGUAGAAGACGGGAAAAAGGUCCUCAAGGAAAUCCCUAUGGGCUUUUGCUUAUGGUCGACUGGUGUCUCGCGGAGCGAUCUUUGCAAGACACUUUCGGACAAACUGGAUGGGCAAAACAACAAGCACGCCUUGGUUACAGACUCCCAUCUGCGUGUUCUCGGAUCUCCCCUGGGAGAUAUCUAUGCCAUCGGUGACUGCUCCACCGUCCAGAAUAACGUAGCCGACCACGUCGUCUCCUUCCUCCGCACAAUCGCCUGGCAGAAGGGCAAAGACCCCCAGAAACUCCACCUUACCUUCAGAGAAUGGCGCGAAGUCGCCAACCGCGUCAAGAAGCGCUUCCCCCAAGCCUCCUCCCAUCUCCGCCGUCUCGACAAACUCUUUGAACAAUACGACAAAGACCAAUCCGGCACCCUGGACUUCGGCGAACUCUCUGAACUCCUCCACCAAAUCGACACAAAACUAACCUCCCUCCCCGCAACCGCCCAGCGCGCAAACCAACAGGGUGAAUACCUAGGCCGCAAGCUGUCCAAGAUCGCCGCGGCGCUUCCAGGCCUGCGUGCCAACGAGAUUGACUACGGUGACCUUGAUGACGCUGUCUACAAGGCGUUCAACUACAGACACCUGGGCAGUCUAGCGUAUAUAAGUAACGCUGCUAUCUUUGACUUUGGGGGGUUGAACUUUGGAGGAGGCGUGCUGGCUAUGUAUCUCUGGCGGAGUGUCUACUUUGCGCAGAGUGUUAGCUUCAGAACUAGGUGUAUGCUUGCUAUGGAUUGGGCUAAGAGGGCGUUGUUUGGACGAGACCUCAUGAGCUUCUAA